UCUCUGAAUGAUAAAGUUGACAUCAUCUUUUCAGCAGCACUACCAGACGACCAUGUGCGCACUGUACGUGCACCUUUUGAUACGCAACUGUUUACAUCCUGGACGGAUAUUCUUACAUAAGGCGCCGAAAUGCGGUUUUCAGGCUACACUGCGGCUCUACGGCGGCGAGCGAGUGUGCGCUCGGGCGAGUGCGGCGCAGGAGGCAACCGAUGAGGUAUUUUCCUCUGUUCUAUAGGUGACGGGAGGACGCUCGAUUUGAGAUGCCACAGGCUUGGGAACCUGAGACGGAAUGGUACAACGGGAGGGCGGCUCGUCUUGUCUCGGCGAGGAGGGGAGCCGUGUAAACCAGACUGGGUGGAGCAACACUUCGCCCGCCCCAUCUAUCGUGCAGACAGCCUUGUGUCCCGUUUGCCUGGAGCUCGGAGAGAGACUACUGUACUGAAAGUCUGGCGGAUAGAGAGAGAGGGGGCCGGUCUAUGGGAGGGACUAGCGCAAAGGGGGGAAUUGGAAGGAGGAGGGGGCGAGGAGGAGGCGGCACGGGUGCUGUUUCUCCAGUCUCUUUCCCCUGUCUUUGUCUCACACACUCUUUUGUUAGCCAUGCCUAGCCUGCUGGUUCUAGCAGGGAUCAUGGAGAAAAAUGGGGGCUUCGGCGGGGAUCUGGCCGGCUCCGGCUUCGGCAGCGAAGGUCUCCUUGUGCCGCCCGACGAGGAGGAAGACGACUCCCGUGCCCUCAGGGUCGCGCUGGGCCAGUUGUCUCUGCUGGGUCUCGGGGAAGGCGAGGACGGCGGCGGAGCCCCAACAACAGGAGUACAGGACCGGAGUAACAAUAACAACAACCACCACAACCACACGAACAGCGUCGGAGGUGGCGGGGACACGGCGAUUCUGCAAGGAAAAAGCAAGUUGUGCGCCCUGUACGAGAGCUCCUCAAGUGAGACGAAAGGACGAGGCUGCAACAUAACAGAAUGCGUCCCAGUGCCCAGCUCUGAACAUGUGGCCGAAAUAGUGGGGAGACAAGGUUGCAAGAUCAAAGCCCUGCGGGCCAAGACCAACACCUACAUCAAAACCCCCGUCAGAGGAGAGGAGCCUGUGUUCUUAAUCACUGGCCGGAAGGAGGAUGUUGCACUGGCCCGCCGUGAAAUCAUCUCUGCUGCAGAGCACUUCUCCAUGCUCAGGGCAUCUCGCAACAAGCUGGGUGUGUCCUUUAGCGGCUCCCCGCCCACGCCUUUGCCAGGUCAAACCACCAUUCAGGUGAGAGUGCCAUACCGUGUCGUGGGGCUGGUAGUGGGGCCUAAAGGAUCCACCAUCAAACGCAUCCAGCAGCAAACCUGCACUUACAUCGUCACCCCCAGUCGAGACCGCGACCCUGUCUUUGAAAUAACAGGGUCACCAAGCAACGCCGAGCGGGCCCGCGAGGAGAUUGAAGCACACAUUGCCUUCCGAACAGGAGGCCUGCAUGACCACAAUAAUGAGAACGACUGUCUGGGGCCGAAUGGUGGAAGCAGCCCAGCGGGCAGCAGUGGUGGUCUGGAGAGCCGGCUACAGCAGGUGUGGGGGCUGCAGGGGGGCCAGCGCAAGCCUCUCACCAGCAGCUACCGCCAGAACUUCUCAGAUGCCAUGGUUGGCGGGGGAGGGGGAGGAGGAGGUGAGGGAGGGGGAAUCUACAACAAGGGCAACUUCUCUAGUUCUGCAGAGAAGCCUUGCUCUUAUUUUGGAUCGGACGGCACCCAAAGCUGGGGUGACCCUGACUACCCCAAACAGGUGGCCUUCUACGCCCAGCAGCGUUCCAAGAGCUUCGGAGGCCUCCCACUCCCCCUGACCAGACUCUCCCCUGGCUUACCCGAGCCCUGCGGAGGUGGAAGCACCAACAACUCUUCAGUCACCAGCAUUGUGCCCGUGGCCGGCUCACCUCAUGCCCAGGCCCGUCGCGCCCACAGUGAGCCCACCUCAGCUGGCGAGGGUUUCCCAGGCCGUCUGCCAGUGCCGGACUCGCCACCGGCCACUGUGCGAGACUGCAUGACCUGCUUUGAAAGCAAAGUGACGGCUGCCUUGGUGCCCUGUGGCCAUAACCUCUUCUGCAUGGAGUGUGCCAUCCGAAUCUGUGAGCUCAACCACCCGGAGUGCCCAGUGUGCCACACCCAGGUCACACAGGCCAUCCGGAUAUUCUCUUAAAGAACCACAUCAGUUUUUAUCAUUAGUUUUGUCAGUGUUUGUUCAAUAAUUAUUUACUGUUAUUAUGAUUAUUAUUAUUAUUAUAAUACACAUUUUUGUUUUUCAGAAAAUUUAAAAACAAUCAAGCAGAUAUUUUAGAAGGCACUGCUUGCUUUACUAAAAAGUAUAAGAAAUAUUUUUAAGUUUUUCUUUUAUAUAUAUAUAUGCAUAUAUAUUUUAUAAAAGUUUUGUUUAUAAGAGAAGUAUAGUACCUUGGAUUUUCAGUUUUUUGACUGCUGCUGUUUUUCAUUCAUGAAUCUCAGCGUAGGCAGAGGUAGACAGUAAUGUGAACAUUUUAUUAUUCAAAUUUUUUAUUUUACCAAGAAGUGGGUUUAUAUUGAAGGAAGAAGAUGAUUGUUGAGGUACCCAAUCUGCACCUGACUGACCUAGAGAGUCAAUGUUGUUAUUAGAAGGAAAAAAAAACUGAAUUUUCAUUGCACCUUACAAUCAUCUUGGUCUAAAAUAGGAUUUUCAAUCAUACCUUGAAAUGUCGGGAGCUGAUGUGAAGGUGAAUUCAGCCUUUUCAGUUUUACUGUGACUGUGGUUUGAUAUAAUUGGUCCAACACAGAUAUUAAUUUUAGCAAAGUGAAAAUGUGAAUCGAUUGGUUCUUGUGAAAGCCUUGUAAUGUUUACAGGAAAACAUAAGGCAUCCCCUUGUUUUCAUUCUUCUACCUUAAAGUUUUAUAAACCAGAUUCAUGCUGAAAAGGGACAGGCCAUCGUUUAUUUAGAGCAAUUAGUUACAUUUUAUUGGUACCAUUAUACUCACAGAUAGAUUAAAGUUGUAUAAAGUAUCAGUAAAAAUUUCUUUCCAGUAGCCAUUGAUUACACUUUGGUCACUGCAGUUUGUUGAAAAGAUUCAGUAAUGAUUGCUCCUCGUGGCACUUGAAAAGCAUGUGGUUCCUCGGUUGGCUUAAAGCACUGAUUUAAUUUGUGAGGCCGAAAGCCCUGGAAUUCAUCCAGUUGGCUAGUUCUCGAUAUCUGUCUCCCCAAUGGACUUGUUUCAAAGCCACCUUAACCGCGCUUUAUUGUCUUGUGUGGUCAUUUGGCCACAGUCGCUGAACGAUAUAGGACACAGUAAGAGCUCCAGUCAACAAGCAUUUCUCUGAGGUGUGCCCUGUAAAUAAAAGGGAGAAUUAGUAUGUCGACAGAAGCCGAGUUAAACUGGAGAAUGUUUUCCUGAAUCAGCAGCAGCGGACUCUGAUUAAAAUAGUUGACACUGUAAAAUACAGAGUCCCAAAUCGUUAAUCCACGUCCCCAGUUCUACCAGCAUUAUGUGUGAGCUCCGAGGGGGCCAGCUGUCUCCCCUGUAAUUAGCAGAGCUGUACAGGAGCAGGUGUUUCAUGGCACACUGUGGCUGUGACCCCAACUUGGAGGUCUCGCCUAGCCCCCUUUCUUUCUCUCUUUUCUUCGGCUUUUAUGUCUCCCCCUGCCUACAGUUCGACCGUUUGCUUUCGAAGGCCUCUCUGAGUGGGGCGUAUUGUCUGGGCCCAGCAGCGGCGUGGGCUGCAGAGUGCUCGGACACGGCCUGGAUCCACUCAUUGAUAAUUAGGCAAAUGGGUUGGUCCAGGUGGGGACUCUGGAGCUGUAUGAGGGGUAGGACAGGGUCCUGCAGCGAGCCCCUUACUGCCCCACCCCACUGUUAGAGGCGCAGAGGGGGCUGGAUGGUCUGGAUGCAGCUGGGCGAAUAGGACCCCCUCCUUCCACUCUUGCCCCUUUCUCCCCCCCUCUUUGCCUCUCCUUUUCUGCAGCACUGAGCUAUCCCUACUGGGGAGAGGGGGCCUCUUUUGUCCCAAAACACACACACACACACAAAAUUUGAAAGACACUAGCUGAAUCUGGCAGCGCCUGUGAAAUGAAGGGAAGCUUGGGAGCGAAAUAAAUUAUCUACAGUUAUCAGGAGACACACCAGUUACCUGUUUUCAAUGUUAAUGUCACCCAAUUUGAAGUAUACCAUUUGGAAAUUAUGAAAACCUGUAAAAGAAAGACUGUGUGAUCCUACUCUUGAUCCUAAUGGGUUACAGCAUCACCCCCCCACCCCCACCCCUCACCCAUUUUCCUCUUCCCAACUGCACCGACCUGAGAUUUGUAUGGGGUCCCGUUUGUGUGACAGCGCCAGUCCAGAUCGUGUCAGCUCGCUACUGUAUGGGACAUCCUGCAGCUGCCCCUUCACUAUGGACACCCGGGCUUCAGCCAAUAGCAGCCCCCCCCAGCCCCCCACACCCCCUUCUUUGAGCUUCCAGAAUGAAAUCAGACAAUUGUAAUUGACAGGAAAGCAGAGGAAACGCCCCAUUUAACCAGCACUCAUGCUGAAUCAAAUUACACACCCUCUGCGUCUGCCUUAGCCCCAGCCUGGGGAUUUCAGAGGGCUGGAGAGCGGAUGGGGGUAGGGAUUAAAGCUGUUGAAUGAUGGAAGGGAGGGGGGUCAUUUUGGUUGGAGAAAGAGAGAAGUAUAUCCCCCCCCCCCAAAAAAAAAAAAAAAUCAUUGAGCCUUGCAGCAAUUGUACUGAUGAUUCAAGUCUUGCAGCAAGUCUCGUGUUCUUGUCACAUGUGGUCCAGUAGUGUUGACAGGGAACACCGGUGAUUCACUUCAACUCGGCUUCUGUCUCAAAACAGAAUUAACAAUUACAAAUUGUGUCUUCUUGGACACAAAGACCCCUCUUCUCUUUCUUUCUUUCUGUCUUUCUUUUUUUUUUUGUGGAAAGCAGACCACAUGCAUUACAUGUGGAUUGCAGCGCAAGCACUGUACUUGCAGAAGAAGUACCCUGAAAUCUAUCGUAUGUAGACAUAAAGAAUAGUUUUAUGGACGGAGACAUUGCACAGUGGUUUGGCUUAAGCUUUCAAUGUCAAAUUCAAGGCAGUAUGACACUGUUCUUUGAACUUAGUAUUUUUGUUAAUUUGUUUUCUGCCUUAACGUGUUUUUUUUGUACUCAUUAUUUAAACGUCGCCAUUACUUGGGCACACAAGGUAGCAACUUUGACCUUUUAUAGUACUGCCCCCUAAAACAACUUUUAAAGUACUUAUUUUUGGAGGAAAGAAUGUGAAUCAAACUACUUGGGUGGGGAUUAGAGGGAUUCAGGAAAUUAGGCUCUUAAAACACUUUACUCAAAAUAUAAAGUAGAGCACCUUAUUACAAAACAUGCGCAUUUGAUAAAUACCAAACCGACCACUGAUGGUGAAAUACAUUUCAUAGAAUUUGAAAGACAUGCACAUAAGGAUUCCCUAUCAUAUUUCUUUCUUUUUUUGUAUUCUGGUGGUUCUUGUUCUUAAUACUUCGAUAGUACUAGUGGUUAUUGGGAGACCUCUCAUCCAUUUAGUCAAUGCUGAUGACUUGGUUGAGUUUUGCACUGGUUCAAUGAAGAGAGGGCUUAAUGGAGAUUCUCCCUGUUUAGACGCUGUAUAAGUUAACGAGUAUUGUACUUUAUGGGAAAGCACUCUGAGCAUCUAUGUAAAUACAGUAUGUGUAACGGUUACAAGCAUCCAGACAAAGGCCUGCUUAAAGUGAGGUUUUGAUUAUUUUUUACAAGCUGAUGGUGUCAUUGUCAAUGUUUUAGCAUAUGGGAUUCAAAAAUGAGUUUUAGGGAGAGUAAAACUUUUAUAUAUGCGCCCCGUCAUCCUUUUGACUAUAAUAGUAUAUUAGAUAGAUCCAUACAUUUAAGAAAUAUUAUUUAAACUGAUUAACUUAGUAUUUCAUCCAAAUGUAUAGAUAAGAAAUUAACCAGACACUACUAUAAACUGUAAUAAUGAAUAUCCUUUAUGAAGCCGCUGAUGUAUAAAUCCAAUCUCAAAUAAAAACUCAAAGAAAUAGUAUGUGUAAUAACCUAACCCCUAAUGAAGAAAACAGUUUCUAUGUAUAUUAGGAUGGAAAAAGCAAUAAUAGGACUAUACUGGGACAAUAAACAGCUUAGUCACUUCUUUAAAUAAUAUUCUAUUCAGAAAUUGACCUUGAUUAUUAGGAUAAUGCUGUUGCAUUUCUGUCUCACACCUGCUUAAAAUUCAUUAUGGAUUCAUGCCAGCGUAGAAACCAAGAUAUAAUUAAUUAGCAUUAACAGUUUCAGGAUAAGUAAUUGUUCUUGAUGUGUUCAUCAGGGUCUUAGCCAUUUGAUUGCCUUUUUAUUAUUAUUAUUAUUAUUCUUUUUUUUUUUACGUUGAGUAGCAAUCAGAUCACAGGGUGGGUCAAGAAGACAGACUUAAGGCUUCCUUCUCCUGAGCAGCACUGAAAUGAUGACACUGCGAAUUUCUGUGACUUAGAGGAAAUGUCAUUGCGCUGUAAAAGUGAUCCCUCAAGUUUAAAACAAACAUCUGGACCAGAGCACUGAGGUCUGUCCUGUCUGGUGAGAAGCUGGUGACUUUACUUAUGACAGAGUGAUGUCUUUUUGGUCAAAGACGACAAGCACAGCAGUGAGAAGCAGAGGGCAGGCCAACAUGAUAUGAAGUACUGUACCAGCCACUCUUUUACUGCAGCCAUGUUGUCUGUAUGAAGAGCUUUGAGUCUUUACACUCAUUUUUCUGUCUUCGAAUUACAUACAGGGGCAGACGUGUUACUAAUAGCAUAUCUUAAGAUGAUUUGUGUUUACAUAGUAAUAAGUUUCUGAUUUCAUGGCUCUAUUUGAUACUUGCACCUACUUUUUCAUCUGUAUUGUUUUUGAAAGAAAAAGGUCAGACAUAGCCAAAGAACAAUAUACAAGGAGGAGAGGACAUGAGCUAACUUAUCACUUGAGUCAACUUAUUUUAGCAUCAAAAUCUGCUUGGUUUAGAGUUUAUUGAAUCAGGAUUAUUAAGGAAUAAUCCCUUAGCUAGAAUUUCUCUGUUUACCCAAAAGUCUUGGAGGCCACUCAGUCAAUACCUGUGAAAUGAAGGCAUAUAGUGUUUCAGUGUUGUAAGAUUGGUUUAAUACUACAGAGGCGCCGGUAACAGACUUGGUUCUCCCCAAAGAGAGCAUCUUAAAGCACAUCCUGGCACAUACACAGGCCUUUGAGUAGUGUUCUAUUGUCCAGAAAAACAGUCCAGGGAACGUCUUAAUCUUUCUGAAAAACUUGACCAGCCUUGAGAAGUUGACAUAAAAAGGGUCUGCCCAAGUUUAAAAAAAAAAAAAAAAAAAAAAAAAGACUAUAAGGGAAUAGUGCAGAGAGUGAAAAAUUCAGGCUGAAUUCCUAAUUUUUAAGACCCUGAGAGUAAACCAUAAGGAAUUACAUUCAGAUGUACGGUGCCAGUGUAAUAGUGAAGAAAACAACACUGUGGUUUUAGUUAAUAUCGCUUUGAGAGCCAUUAACUGUAUCCUUAUGUUUAACUGCAUGUAAGUAAAAUAUAGUACUGUAGGUAAGAUUUAUCAAAAAAAAAAUAGUUAAGAUCGCUUAAAGAAUUCAUCAGCCGGAUACCUAAAGUGUAUAAAAAGCUUUAAGACCUUAAAGUGAACAUCGGUUUAAAAUCUUAUAUUUACCGUGUAGUUUAACUAAUCGAUACAUAAAGUUUAAUUAAGAAUACGCUGAGGUGUAAGUUUCAUUUGUCCAACUCGCCUAGUAUGAAAUACUUUUUAAUUCAGCGGUGCAACAGAGGGGUGGGGUGACUCACAGUGACAUUUGAUUCAUUAAGUUCUUGUUAGUAUUAUUUACAAUAUUGUAUUAAGCUUACUAUUAUAGUAAUGGUAGAAACUGUUGAUGUUUUUCUUCUCUUGAUAUGAAAAGGUCUUUAUGCAUUUAUGUAGAAUCCCUUUUAAGGAGUGAUAGGAAAUCCUUAUUUUCAAUGGAUGCACUUAAGCAAUUGUACCAACCUGUCAAAAAAAAAAUCACACAUUGAGCAAGUAAUGCAUUUGAAUGUAAAAAGAAAAAAAAAAGAUCACACAACUCAAUGCACUCCUUAUGCUUAUUGUUUUGUCGAUUUACAAGUGAGCUUUAAGUUUUUGUUGGAAUUUUUUUUUUUCUUUGGAAAGGUUUUGCGACAGGUUUUCGACGUAGACUAUAUUUGAGUUCUUCCACAUACAUUUAUAGAAAGUAACUUAAAAUGAAUAAAAAAAACAUAUUACAAUUUCUCAAAUCUAUUUUGCUAACAUGGGUUAUUAUUUCAUAGAAAGCAGAGGAAAAAAAAGUCAGUAUCUGGAUGUUAUUUAUGAAAAGUAAAAAAAAAUGAAGCAACAUAUUUAUGAGUAACCUCAAGACAUUUUGUUUUUUAAUUAAAAUUACAAGAAGUUAAUAUAUUUCUAAACACAGGGAAGUCAGUUUCUACUAAUAAGUAAAAUGAGAAAAGAAGUUUAGAAGUUUUAUUUAUUAAAGUUAUGGACGAUCGCCUUUUCCACAGACUUCAUGCUGAAUGAAGUAAAAGGAACAAGAGUUCCCCAUAGCUUAAAUUUUAACUUCAGACAUGCACUACUUCAACAUCAGUGCAUUCACAAUGGAAUAAUUACAGAAAAUAAUAUAAUAUUUUUUAGAAUUUGGAGAUAUUUUAGUCACAGAGCAUCAAUUUUGUGCCUCAAUUAUAUAUUUUUCCUGCAUCAGCAUUCUUUGUGCAGUGCUGCUUGCUGUAACCCCCUUUUUCCCCCCCUUUCAACUAACCCCAUGUUACUGACUGAAACACAUAACUCAUUUCCUCUGUAAUCUAAACUCGCUUUUACUUAUCAAUCGUACAAAACAUGUUACGACUGCAAUGCUUGGAAUGAAUGAGGCAGCUGUGGACCCUCUCGCCAAUAGGGCCACACAACUUGUACACACUUUCAUUCAUACAUUUUCUACAUCUACUACUCAGACAGUUUGUGAUCACUAGCAACAGAGCAUAAUCAGCUUAAAGAAAGCCUUUAUGAGAGACUUUCCCUAAUGGGUUAAUUAGGUGGAGUGUGCGAAUCGAGCGGAGGCAUCUAGGAGAGGACAACAGCGCACUGUGUAGUAGAUCUAUGUAACUAGUUGCACACAUAUACACACAGAUUCAUUACCGUACUAGUUUGCAUGUAUGUUGUAUGGUCACUUAGAUGGGAGAAAUGGUGCAGGUCCUGCGUUAUCCUUUAACAUCAGUGCACUUGGGCUGUUUCUCCUCUGUAGAUUUUCAUAGUUGGAGUCUCUUUGGAAACUGGAAAGUUGACAUGAGUUUGCAGCCAGGUACAGAGGCCAUUUCAGUCCCCACAUCAAAGUCAGAUUUUGCAUUCUCGGUUACCCGUUAGUGAAGAUAGACUGUUUGCGCCUCGUGGAUUAACUUGAAGUUUGGAGAUGAUAGAGACAAAGGAAA